CACUAUGGCUUGUCUUUCCCAAACACCUCGCCCUGCAAUAUUGGGCAAAUAUCCAUAUUCCAUCAUUCCUUUCAAGCCAAUCCGAAUCUAAAGAGGCCUUCUCUUGUAUUUUUGGAUUCAGAGUCCAGAAAAAAAGUUUUUCAUCGAACACGGUUUUUGUAAAAAAUCUUUUCAUAGACAUUCAUCGCUGACGAAUUUUUGUUUGUUGGCUCCUUAUUGUUUUUUUUUAUCUUUUUGUUAUUAUUAUUUCUCUUUUAUAUUGUUUGGAAAGUACCGUCUCUUUUUUUUUUAUAAUUUAUAAUCAUGGGCAAGUUGGGAAAAAUUACGGAAAAUAAGGUUUAUCAAAAACUGAAAGACAUUGUUUUGUUAGACCAAAAGCCGGGUUUGACGUUAGGCCAACGGCUGUUGACCAACGAGGACUUAUACCCUGUCCCAACUAGCAGACGUCUUUGGGGUUAUUGGAACUUUGUCUCUUUCUGGCUUGCUGAGUCCGUUAAUAUCAAUACUUGGAUGAUUUCAGCUACUGCUAUUGAAGCUGGCCUUAACUGGUGGGAAGCUUGGAUUUGUGUCUGGGUAGGUUACAUGAUCUGUGGUUUUUUGAUUGCUGCAACUGGUCGUGCUGGUGCUGUCUAUCAUCUUUCUUUUCCUGUAAUUUCCCGUUGUUCGUUUGGUAUUUGGGGCUCUUUAUGGCCAGUUUUGAACCGCAGUGUCAUGGCUUGUGUCUGGUUCGGUGUCCAUACCUGGAUUGGAGGUGAAUGUGUUGUAUUAAUGUUACGAUCUAUCUGGCCCUCCUUUUCUCAUAUACACAAUACCAUGGCGAACAGUGGUACCGAGACUUAUCAGUGGGUUGGCUUCUUUAUCUUUUGGAUCAUUUGCAAUGUCUCCAUCUGGUUUCCGGUUCACCAACUUCGCCAUCUUUUCUCCUUCAAGGCUUUCGUCGCUCCUCCUGCCGCAGUCGCCUUUUUAAUUUGGGCCCUUGUCAAAGCUAAGGGUGCUGGUCCUGUCAUUCACGAACCUACGAAACUUAAUAGAUGGGAUCAUGGCUGGACUGUUGUAAAUGGCAUCGUAACCGUUUUAGAUGGCUUUGCUACAUUAGCCGUUAAUAGUCCUGACUUUGCUCGGUUUGCUACUACUCCCAAUGCCAACCUUUGGCCUCAGAUUAUUACUGUACCCCUCUCCUUCGGUAUUACCUCCUUAAUUGGUAUCCUUGUCACUUCUGCUUCCAAGGCCAUUUACGGCACCGCUUAUUGGGAUCCAACUCAACUCCUUUCAGCAUUUUUGGAUCACUCAAACGCUCAUGGUGUUCGUGCUGGUGUUUUUUUCAUCGCUUUUGGUCUCUGCGUUGCUCAACUUGGCACGAACGUAGCUGCAAACUCUGUUUCCGCCGGUAACGAUAUUUCUGCCUUGCUUCCUGCUGUUUUUAAUGUCCGACGUGGUGCUUACCUCGCUUCUAUCAUUGCAUUGUGCAUGUGCCCUUGGCAUUUGCUCAGCUCCAGCAGCAACUUUACUACUUAUCUUUCUUCUUAUUCUGUUUUCAUGUCGGCUUUUGCUGGCAUCUUUCUUGCCGACUACUUUGUUAUCCGUAAAGGUUAUAUUAGAACCUCGCAUCUUUACACGGCCGAUGAUACCAGCUGCUAUUACUUCUACAAGGGAUUUAAUAUUCGUGGCUUUGUAUCUUAUAUAUGUGGUAUGCUGAUUAACAUUGUUGGUAUGGCUGGUUCAGUUGGUAACAAAGUCCCAGCUGCCGCUACCACUAUGUUUAAUCUCAAUUAUUUUUUGGGAAUUUUAGUAAGUGGCUUGACCCAUAUUUUCCUCUGCUAUGUUUUCCCCGUUACUGAGGUAGGUGAAAAGUUCUUGAGCGAAACACCUGAAGAAACUGAAGAAUAUUUGAUCAGUCUUGAAGACACAAGUGAUGGUUCUUCUGAUUUCUUCAUAGAUGGUUUACCAAGCAAGGAGGAAGAUAAAAGCGACAUUCACAGUCUUAAAUCCAAAGAAGUUGGUUGCUUGCCAUAAGUUAUGUUUUACUUUUUUUCUUUUAUGUAUCUCUAAUCGUUAGUCAUUUCGUUAAGAUUUUUUGGUUUUUGGAUUAGUUAUUUUCUGCCUUGAUUCCUUGAUUUAUUAUGUAUUUUAAUUAAAAUCACCUACUGACGAAAUAAUAGCUAUAGCACUUUCAUUUGAAUCAAUGCAAGGUAUCAAGGCUUCAUUUUAUUUAUUUUUAGUUAUUUAUUAUCCAUGUUUUGUAUGAUCAAGAUUUUAUGUCUAUGUUAAUAACAUUUUCUAUUUAUUAUGUG